AUUUUACUGUGCGGACGAAUAGAAUAGCUGGCAAGACAUCAGUUCUUUAAAAAUAUUAAGAUAUGUGAUAUUACGUCUGAUAAGUGUAUGGAUUUUUAAAUUCGGUUUUUAUAUAGUUUUAUUGUUGCACCAUUGUUGCUGUUUGUUCUUGUGUUAUAUAUACAUAUAUAAAUAUAUAUAUAUAUAUAUAUAUAUAUAUAUAUAUAUGUAUAUAUAUAUAAUUUAUCUCACUGUCUGAGAGAUGAGAGAGAGUGAAGCUGAUAUCAUCUAUCUAUUCUGUGGAAAAUAAGUAUUGGAAGUGUUUCAGACAUUUCAGUAUAGUUGUAUAUGAAAACAUAAAUAUUUUUGACAACACCACAUUGCACUUAGUUCAUAAUUUCAGAUGCGCUUUUAAAAGGCUACAAUUGAAAAAUUUAUUUAGGCCUAUUAUAUUUAAAAUUUUAACCCGCCAGAGUGGCUAGAAGUGACUGCGUUACACACCACUUCUGAAAUACCUCCGCAUUUGGCAGGUGUUUGGUUGGUUCAUAUACAUGAUCUUAUAUUUUAUAGUUGGGCCGUCAAGUUGUAUUGAAAAAAAAAAAAUCAGUUCAAGUCUUAUUCUUUAUGUGUGUCCUUAAAGUCAUCAUGAAAUCAAAAUUGACCCUAUUUACUUUGUUAGUGCAUAUUCCUAGUCUUGUGUUGAACAAUUUAUCCGUGCAAGUAAAAAAAUUGUUUGUCGUGGUAAUCUUUAAUCAAAAUCUGAAAAGUUACUUCCGGUCUGGAAUAGCGUUCCUUCUCUGAUGACGUCAGUUUGACGGCUUGGGUUGAAAACGCUUAAACCACUCCCCUCCGACCGUUAGUCUGCUAUGAGCGAGAGAUGGAGAGGAGGAGCGCUAAAGUAAAGCCCUGCCCUCUAUUCAAUAUUCCGUUUCACUUGGAAAUACGUCACAACAUUGGAGAAGAGUCGUUUGCAACUUCCUGUUCAUGGGGACUUUAAACGCUGUCAUUAGGGGCAGAUGGGUUGGGGGACAUGAAGGGGUGUCCCUUAUUUUGCCACACUGAAGGUUCCAACCCUAAAGGCCCGUUCACACCAAGAACGAUAACUAUAUAGAUUUCCUCAGCAUGCUGUUUCAAGUGAAUAGCUAGUGUAAUCGAUCUAAUCUAACAGUGAAUUUAGCUGACGAAGCUGAUCUUUUUCACUGCAACUUCAAAAGGAAGCAAGACAGUGUUGUCAAAACUAGCGCUGGAUACCUGAGAUCUGGUGUCUCUCCCACAACAAUUCACCAAUAAAUACUGGGAAUAUUCACAUAAAUCUACAAGAGAAGGACAAACUCCAGGUGUAGCAGCUGAAAUCUGUGCUGUUAAAGAUGGAGUUUAUUAAAGUGGAGAUUGAAGACACGAGUGAUCCAGAACCAUCCAGAAUAAAACAUGAAGAAACUGAGGAACAAAUAGACCAGAUGGAGGUGAUGGAGCAAAAACACAAACUCAGUGAAGUUAAAGAGGAGAAACAUGACUUAAAAACUCAAGGAACAGAAGCCAAAAAGCUGCACACCUGCUCACAGUGUGGAAAGAGAUUCCCAAAUAAAAGAGGAAACCUUAACAGACACAUGAGAAUUCACACUGGAGAGAAACCGUAUACAUGCACUCAGUGUGGAAAGAGUUUUCUUGGUGAAUCAGGUCUCAGAUAUCAUCUGCUCCUUCACUCUGGAGAAAAACCAUUUAACUGUGAUCAGUGUGGUAAAGAUUUUAUUUCAUCAUCAAAUCUAAAAAAGCACCUGAAAGUUCAUUUAUAUGAAAAGCCUUAUGAGUGUUCUUUGUGUGGAAAGAGUUUUUCAAGGCUGGAUCUAUGUAAAAAGCACCAGAAAACACAUAAUGAAAUAAGAGAUCAUGUGUGUUUGGACUGUGGGAAGAGCUUUACUACAGCUGACAGUCUGAAACGGCACCAAAGAAUUCAUACUGGAGAAAAACCUUACAAGUGCUCAUCUUGUGACAAGAGUUUCUCUCAGUCUGCACACCUGAAAUCACAUGAGCGACUUCAUACUGGAGAGAAGCCACACUGUACUCAGGAGAGAGUUUCACCUGAUCAAAAACUCUAGUAAUAUUUAAAAACACACUGAACAAUGUUAUCCUCAGAUCUAGUUCUUUCAGGUAAAUAAUGUGAGAUUCGGAUAAAAUAAAUGUAUAGAAAUGCCACAGGAAUUGUAGAGAUCAUCGUUCACGUAAAAAAAAAAAAAAAACCGUCAUGCACUUAUUCAAUUGCAUUUGCUCCCAUUUAUUUUUGUGCUCACAGGACUGCACAAAACAACUCUCUUUCAGUAUUUUAGUUAAAAAGAGAAAUGCCACAAGAUUUGUAGAGGUGUUUUUUCUGUUUUGAUGUACACUGUUAUGUUGGGGAACAACAUAAGUAUUCAGUCACUUUAAUUUAAUCUAUGAAUUUGAGUUUUUUGGUUUGUUUUUUUUGAAACCCCGUAUUUAAAAUUAGAGAAAUAACUGGAACAAAAACCUACAAUGAGUCAUUUGUCAUUGGUGUAUGUGAAAUUAUUAAUAUUCAAAUGUAUUAUUUUGAUUAAUGUCUAUUAAUAAUUAUUACUUUUAUGAGUCUUAUUAAUCUCUUCUUUAUGAAUUCUAGUCAUUGAUUGCUAUUCAUUUAAUCAUCAUUAAUCAUUAUAUUCCUCAUGCUGCAUUAUUAUUCUUUUACAUGUUAUUGAUUACUUUAAUCAUUUAUUUUUCUAUAUAUAUAUGUUUGAUUAUUUCCAAAUGUUUCUCUUCUGUGCUGAAAGAUCGAGUUGGUGUAUUUUCCUUCAGAAUAACAUACCUUUGUAUCAAAAUAUGUCUGUUUCCAUCUCUGCAGAUAUGAGAUAAUGUAAGAUCGGUGAUAAUCUCUUGAAGGUUUUAAAGGUGUCAAAACCACACCUCAUCUAUCUAUCUAUCUGAAACUGUAGCAUUUCACCAGUCAUGUCGAUUAUGACAUAAUCACCAUUAUAAACAUUUUUGUUUAAACAUAUUUGUACAAUUUUCAUAUUUGAUUCAGUUGUUGUUUAUAAUUGUACAUUUUUACUUUAUUAAUUUGUUAUUGAUAUCUGACAUAAUCAUUACUCGUCUGCCUGGAUCUCACCACAUCAGUCAUUAUGAAACUAUUUCCUCAAUUUGAGUUUUCAAUUAAUUGUGUGUUCUUAGAUUUCUUUGUUCUUUUUUUUUUGGACUUACUAGACACAUUUACACUACAAAGUAGCCUACAUUUGUUGACUCUUAUGCCAAGUUGAUUGUGAUGCUCCUUGUGUAGUCGCAUAAAGCAUAAAAUUUAAAAAAAAAUAUUUGA